CUCACGCUGGGAGCUCAGCCUGCAGAAUCCCACCGGCCCGAGCAAUGUGGAGCCGAUGAGCCCUCAGAGAUCCUGCAACGCCUCAAGAGAGAGCCAGCAAAGAAACUGGAGCAUCCCUGAGGAAGCGUCUGUGCUGCUCGCCUCCUCCUGCCAAGCGGCGACAGGCAAAGCCAGGGAGAGGAAACGUUCCCUCCCCAGCACAGAAGAGGCGAGAGAGAAGGAGGCUGUGAGCACUGCUGAAGAUGUCCGAUAGUCUGGAUAUUGAAGAGAAACCUCCAGCCCCUCCGUUGAGAAUGAACAGCAACAAUCGUGAUUCUUCAGCAUUGAACCACAGCUCCAAACCGCUCCCUAUGGCCCCGGAAGAGAAGAACAAGAAGGCCAGGCUGCGCUCCAUCUUCCCAGGAGGAGGAGAUAAAACCAAUAAGAAGAAAGAGAAAGAGCGUCCUGAGAUCUCUCUUCCUUCAGAUUUUGAACAUACGAUUCAUGUGGGGUUUGAUGCAGUCACCGGGGAAUUCACUCCAGAUCUCUAUGGCUCACAGAUGUGCACAGGGAAGCUCCCAGAGGGAAUUCCAGAGCAGUGGGCCAGGCUGUUACAGACCUCCAAUAUAACGAAACUAGAGCAAAAGAAGAAUCCACAAGCUGUUUUAGAUGUUCUCAAAUUCUACGAUUCCAAAGAGACAGUUAACAACCAGAAAUACAUGAGCUUUACUUCAGGAGAUAAGAGCGCCCAUGGAUACAUAGCAGCCCAUCCUUCGAGCACAAAAACUGCAUCAGAACCCCCUUUAGCUCCCCCAGUUUCAGAAGAAGAGGAUGAAGAUGAUGAAGAAGAAGAAGACGACAAUGAACCUCCACCUAUUAUUGCACCACGACCUGAGCAUACAAAAUCAAUCUACACCCGGUCUGUAAUUGAACCUAUUGCUGCACCAGCACUAGUUAAAGAGGCUACGACCCCUCAGCCUGAGAACUCAAACACCAACACUUUGUACAGAAACACAGACCGGCAACGAAAAAAAUCCAAGAUGACGGAUGAAGAGAUCCUAGAGAAAUUGAGAAGCAUUGUGAGUGUUGGUGACCCUAAGAAGAAAUAUACACGAUUUGAAAAAAUUGGUCAAGGGGCAUCGGGCACUGUUUAUACAGCAAUAGACAUUGCCACAGGACAAGAGGUGGCCAUAAAGCAAAUGAAUCUCCAGCAGCAGCCUAAAAAGGAACUAAUUAUUAAUGAAAUCCUGGUCAUGAGGGAAAAUAAGAACUCUAACAUUGUUAACUAUUUAGACAGCUACCUGGUAGGCGAUGAACUUUGGGUAGUUAUGGAGUACUUGGCAGGAGGCUCUUUAACGGACGUUGUUACAGAGACCUGUAUGGAUGAAGGACAGAUAGCAGCUGUCUGUAGGGAGUGCCUGCAAGCGCUGGAUUUCUUGCAUUCAAACCAAGUGAUCCAUAGAGACAUCAAGAGUGACAACAUUCUUCUCGGGAUGGAUGGAUCUGUCAAAUUGACUGAUUUUGGGUUUUGUGCUCAGAUCACACCUGAGCAGAGCAAACGGAGCACAAUGGUGGGGACUCCCUACUGGAUGGCACCGGAAGUAGUGACAAGGAAAGCAUAUGGCCCCAAAGUUGACAUCUGGUCAUUAGGGAUCAUGGCAAUAGAAAUGGUGGAAGGAGAACCCCCGUACCUUAAUGAAAAUCCUCUCAGGGCUUUGUAUCUGAUAGCUACUAACGGAACCCCAGAACUUCAAAAUCCUGAGAGACUCUCUGCUGUGUUCCGAGACUUUCUGAACCGCUGUCUGGAAAUGGACGUAGACAGACGAGGGUCUGCCAAGGAGCUUUUGCAGCAUCCAUUUUUGAAGUUAGCCAAGCCUCUCUCCAGCCUGACUCCUCUCAUCAUUGCAGCAAAGGAAGCAAUUAAGAACAGCAGCUGCUAGCAUGGUGGACUGGCUUUACCCCAGGCCAGAUCCCUCCAGAGCAGGACUGAAUGAAACUCUGUAAAACCUCAAUUCUUGUGCUGCAGGACAGGCAGACAUAAGGACAAACAAACAGUCACAGUCAUGAUGGAGGCCAGCUGUUUUCCAGCUCCUUGAGGACUAGAAACCUAUCAUGUGUCUUCUUCCUGCUCCCUGAUUUCUUAAUUUAUUUCUCAGAUGAAACAGGGCCCAAAACCGAGCUGCCAGGCCAGAAAUCGCCUUGUUGUCUCAGCCAUCUCCACGAUCAAACAAACUCAGUAGCGAGACGUCCAGUGACCACCCUAUGCAUUUCACUGUUAAACGAUUGGUUGGUUCUUAAAGAUUCACAAUCACUUUUCUGAGUGUUUUGGUUUGGUUUGGAAUGGAAGAAAGGUCCUCCUGCAUUGAGAAACCUCCUCCAGGCUGAGUUGUCUUUUGAAUACAAUCCAUUCGCUAGUAUUUGCCCAUUCAUGGUACUGUUAGAUGGUAAGGAUGAAAGUGAAAGUGCUUUUCCAACUAAAAAUAAAUCACCCGCCGAGCAGGAAGAGCAUCCUGAUGAGAUAUACGCUUUUGACCGUGAACAUACAGAGUUUGGAUCCUUGGCAGCAUGAUUUGUGCAAUUAACAAUGGUACUUUUGCCUUGGUGAAGUUCUUGUAAACUGAAAAGCAGAAAGGUCAGCAAGUUUGCUCAGAAAGGGCUUGUCUGCUACAAAGCUGUAAUAUAAAUGGCGGCCCAGUCUUGCUAGGUGCUGAAUCUCUCCUGCAAAGUGCUCAGCACACAACUUCCCCAUAAAGAACAGGAGUACUCGUGGCACCUUAGAGACUA